AUGAAGAUUGCCAUCAUUGGCGCUGGCAUUGCCGGAUGCGCAGUCUAUCUCGAGCUGAAAAAACAUCUCCCCAAAACCGAAGAGCACGAAAUCACAAUCUAUGAGGCCUACGACACAGGCAAAGACGUCACGUCAGAAGAUCGAGAAGAAGGACCCACACAUUCAUCCACGCUCAUCGUCGGCGGCGGCGUGGGCAUCGCACCCAACGGUCUCAGUGUGCUUCAGCGCCUCGACGAAUCUCUUCUCCGAGAUGUGACUCGCAACGGAUAUGUGAUUGCACGAUCCAACAUGAAGAAUAAGAAUGGGAGCGUGCUCAUGUCCAUUGACGCCAGCGUCCUCGCUCCGGCUGAGCCAGGCAGUCCGUCGAAGAAGCUCAACAUGGUGGCAUGUAGCCGUCACGCACUCUGGAGAUGCCUGCGUACCCGCAUUCCGGACGCGGCCAUAGUGAAUAAGCGGGUGUUGCAAGUUGUGGCCAACUCAGAGGGGAGAAACGUUGUCCAAUUCGUCGACGGAAGCGAUCCCGUAGAGGCAGAUCUUGUGAUUGGCGCCGACGGCGUCAAAUCAAUUGCCAAGAGAGCUCUGUUUCCAGAGACUACAGAGGAUCUAUAUCCUCCCCAUUAUGAAGGGCUGGUCGGUAUUGGAGGCUUCGUCCCGGCGGCAGGCUUGGAAGAAUUCGUAGAAAAGGGAUCCAUGAACUUUAUCUUUGGAGGCAACGGCUUCUUUGGCUACUUCUUCCCCAACAGCCACUCCGCGGAUCCCAACCGCGAAUCCCCUUACGUCGUGUCUGAACCUGGCGAGAGUCUGGCUUGGUGGUCCACAUACGAGAUCAAAGAGUGCCCGGAUCGCAACACCCUCGACAUGGAUGACGUUUCCAACCGGCUGCGUGAGAGACAUGCCCAGUGGAAAGAUCCAGUCAUCCAGCGAGUCAUCAAAUCCGCUCGAGUUUCAAACAUGUAUCCCACCUGGACGUCGCCACCGCUGCCGACGUGGGAGCGCGAUGGAGUUGUCCUGAUUGGAGACGCAGCUCAUGCUCUCCCUUCAAGCUCCGGACAGGGCGUGUCGCAGGCACUGGAAGACUGCGAAUCCUUUGUGCUGUUCCUGGCUCAUCAACUAGGCCGAACAGACCCAAGCAGCUCUGUCACUGAGAAACAAACCGUCACCAAGGCCGCGAGGCAGUACAUCGACCUCCGGAAACCACGCGUCACGGAAAUACUGGAAAACGCGCAGAGGAUUCAGAACACUAAGCGCGAUAUGGGCAUCAUCCGGGAGUAUGCAAUGUACUCAUUCUUUAAACUUCUUGGCUUCUUCCCCAGCAUGGCAGCGAAACCGUCGCGCAAAGUGUUCGAGUACAAUGUUGCCGAGCACGCUGCCCAGGUAAUAGCUAGCGACAGUUAG